AGAUAGCUCGCCGGCGAUUUAGGGAGAUGGGAAAAGACCACGACCGACCUCCGCCGGAGAACGCAAAAGUCGACGUGGAGGAUAGAGACAACAGAACAAAAGAUUCUCGGAGGAAACCGAGCGUUGCCGGAAAGGAUUCCGGCGAGGAAGAAGAUGUGAGUCGCCGUGAAUCCAAGAGGAAAUCAAAAGACGGCAAAGAGUCUGACUCAGGUUCGGGUUUGGAAAGUGGUAGCGAGUCCGAAUCGGAGAAGGAAGAGAGACGUAGGAGUAGAAAAUCGAGAGGGAAAAGGAAAUCUGAUCGGAGAUCUCGGAGCAGACGAAGUAGGAAACACUAUGAUGAUUCGAGUAGCAGCUCGGAUUCGGAAUCGGAAUCCGAGUCGGAUUAUUCGUCGGAAUACUCGGAUUCUGAGGAGAGUGAGAGUGAGGAUGAGAGGAGGAGGAGGAAGAGGAAGAGAAGGGAGAGGGAAGAGAGAGAGAGGAAGAGAAGGAAGCGAGAGAAAGAGAAGAAGAAGAGGAGGAAGGAGAAAGGAGUUGAUGGAGAUAGGAAGAGAAAAGAGAUGAAGAAGAAGAAGGAGAAGAAAUCUGAGAAAGGGAAGAGAGGAGCCGUCACUGAAUCAUGGGGAAAGUAUGGAAUCAUCAGAGAAACUGAUAUGUGGAAUAAACGACCAGAGUUCACAGCAUGGUUGCUUGAAGUAAAAGAGGUUAACUUGGAAAGCCUGCCACCUUGGGAAGAGAAGAAAAUGUUUAAAGAUUUCAUGGAAGAUCACAAUACUGGUACAUUUACUUCCAAAAAAUACUAUGACAUUGAUGGUUACUAUAGACGUAAGUUGGAGAAGGAGAUGAAAAAGGGUUUGAAGAAAGCUGGGAAGAGUGAACGAACUGUGUUCAAUGACGAGGAACAACGCCGGCUAGAGAUGCAGGAAGCACGCGAAAAGCAGAAGGAAGAAGAAGUGAUAGCUCUAAAGCGAUCAAUGGAAAGUGGAAUGGCUCAAGCUAUGAAAGAGCAAGCUCGGCUAAAGGAAGAAAUGGUCUACUUGUACAAGAUUGGGGACAUGGAGGGUGCAGCUGCUAUUCAGAGAAGGUUGGAUCCAGAUGUUCCAAUGUAAUGUGGAGAUUUUUAACAAUUUCUCUCACAAAUCCUAAAAUUGUGCUCCCAGACUCAGACUUUGUAACAUGGCAAUCAGAAAAACCAGAUUUUCGUUUCCUAGACAUGAGCAAUUAAGCAUGAUAUUGUUUUUGUUUCAACAAUUAUCUUAUUAGACGUAUACAAAUUAUGAAGUACAAUCUUU